AUGGGAGAAGCAGAAGCAUCAGCAGGCGGGUCGUUGGUGUUCCGCGGGUGCCAGCUGCCUCCGGGGUUUCGCUUCCAGCCCACCGAUCAGGAGAUCAUCGUCUGCUACCUCAAGAAGAAGAUCGACGCCGCCACCGCCGUCACCUCCAUCAUCGCCGACGUCGACAUCUACAAGUUCGACCCAUGGGACCUCCCGGACAAGGCGGCCAUGUUCGGCGACGGCGAGUGGUUCUUCUUCAGCCCUCGAGACCGCAAGUACCCCAACGGCGCCCGCCCCAACCGCAGGGCCGGCUCCGGCUACUGGAAGGCCACCGGCACUGACAAGCCCAUCCUGGCCUCCGGUCGCUGCCUCGGCGUCAAGAAGGCGCUCGUCUUCUACCAGGGGCGCUCCCCAAAGGGCACCAAGACCCACUGGGUCAUGCACGAGUACCGCCUCCUCGACGCCGCACCCCCAAUGAGCAGCAACUCCAUGAGGCUCGACGACUGGGUCCUCUGCCGCGUCCGCAACAAGCAGCAGCUUCUUGUUCCCGAUCAUGGCUACUCAUCAUCAUCAUCCGAGCCGACCACCCGCGCCGCCGCCGACAUCGUCAGCAGCAGCAGCAGCGAGGUUGUUCUUCCCGACUCCUCCUCCGCCGCCUUCGCCGACAUCCACUGGAACAGCGACGACCACCUGCUGCGCUACCUAAUAGGCGGCGGCGGCAGCGGCAACCCUUCCACCGCCAGCGCGUCUGCAGUGGCCGCGGGCCAUCACGACAACUACAGCGCGCCGCCGCCCCACCCCCACGCCCUGGUCUCCGUCCUCGAGUCCAUCAAGAGGAACCUGUCCUUCCAGGCCAUCGACGAGCUCUACCUCCUCCAGCCGCCCAGCAAGCGAGCCAACUGCAUCGCCGCCGCCGGAGACGAUGACGACGACCACAUCCAACAGAUAUUGUCGCCCACCUCCUUCUCCAUAUCGGAGGCCGACGAAAUGUUCUAG